UACCAGAGAAAAAAAAAACUCAAAAACUGUUGAAAUCAGAGAGAAAAAUCGGAGAGCGAUGUUGAAUCUUUCUUCGCUCUUUUAAAUAAAAUCCGAAUCUUCACUGCAAAAACCACCCUUCGUCUUCGUCUACUCUCUGAUUAUCUGAUCCUUUUUUUUUUCCUCUCUUUUCCUUCUUUUUGGGUUUGUCGUUUUAUGGGUAACGGAGAAAACAAGAGUCUUUCUAUGGUCUGUAAUUGCCAAAUAAAUUUCUAGGGUUUCGAGAUUUCUCCAGAGGUGUGUGUGUCUUCUGGGUUUUGUUAAUCUUUUGUGUUUGUCGGUUGUGUUUGGUUGGAUACAAAGAAAGUAGUGAUUUUUGAUUGUUGGGGGAAUUUCCUUGGAAUUCAAGAAACUUCUAGGGUUCUUAUGAUAGUGUAGAAGCUUUUCUGAGUUUUUUCUUCUUCUUCAGAGUUCCAAUGGCUUUCGGGUCUGAAAACGAGAGCGAGACGAAGAUGGAAGGUUGGUUGUAUAUCAUCCGAUCCAACAGAUUCGGAUUGCAUUUCUCUAAAAAACGUUACUUUGUCCUUAGAGAUCAUCUUCUCAAGAGUUUCAAGUCCAUCCCCGAUUCUAAAACCAAGGAUGCAGGAAGAAGUGCUGUAAUAGAUUCAUGUAUCCGAGUUACUGACAAUGGAAGGGAAAGUGUUCAUAGAAAAGCAUUCUUCAUAUUUACACUAUACAAUACCUCCAAUCAUAAUGAUCAGCUCAAGUUAGGAGCAAGCAGUCCUGAGGAUGCAGCUAGGUGGAUCAAUUCUAUUAAAGAGACAGCUUUAAAGGUUGCCUCUUUUCCAGGAGACGUUUUUAGUUGUUCGAGGAGCAGAUGGGAUUCUCUGAGAUUGAGUAGCUCAGUUCGGGACCAUCACGCAAGUUCUAUUGACUGGACGCUCCGGUCGUCUGCUCGAGUGGAUCCUGUUACAACGGAUGUUGUUGCGCCUUCUCCGUGGACAAUAUUCGGUUGUCAAAAUGGACUUCGGCUUUUCAAAGAGGCAAAAGAGAGAGAUUCUCUUGGAAAGUGGGAUGAUCAUCCGGCUAUCAUGGCUGUUGGGGUUGUUGAUGGAACCUCAGAAACCAUUUUCCAAACGCUUCUUUCCCUUGGACCCUCAAGAUCAGAAUGGGAUUUCUGUUUUUACCAAGGAAGUGUGGUCGAACAUCUUGAUGGUCACACUGAUAUAAUUCACAAACAGUUAUACAGUGAUUGGUUACCUUGGGGAAUGAAAAGAAGAGAUUUUUCGCUGCGGCGUUAUUGGAGAAGGGAAGAUGAUGGAACAUAUGUUAUUCUCUAUCAUUCUGUAUAUCACAAGAAGUGUCCACCUCAGAAAGGCUAUAUCCGUGCGUGCCUUAAAAGUGGUGGUUAUGUGAUAUCUCCCAUUGACAACGGAAAACAAUCAGUUGUGAAGCACAUGCUUGCAGUUGAUUGGAAGUCUUGGAGAUCUUAUGUGAAACCGUCUCUAGCUAGAUCUAUCACUGUGAAGAUGCUUGGAAGAAUUUCUGCAUUGAGAGAGCUGUUUAGGGCAAAACAUGGAAGCUUUCCUUCCAAUCUGUCAUUAGGGGAGUCGUCAAGAAGUGCACUACUGAAUCAAAACGAAGAUGGUGUUUUUGGUGAUUCUUCUCUGAGAGAAAGCGAAUUGUUCAAGGACACUGCUAAUGACGAGAGAGACAAAUUUCCCUCAGAGCGGUCUAGCCUUGUAGACUUGAACGAUGGAGUGGAUGAGUUUUUCGACGUUCCAGAACCGUCAGAUAAUGACCAGUUAGAUGAAAGCUGGACCUCAGAUUUUGAUUCGGAUACAUACUCUCAGGAAUCCCGCCAGCCAAAACUAAAUAGCGCUACGAGCUUAGUGAAAAAAUUACACGAUCUUGCAGUUCAAAAGAGGGGCUAUGUUGACCUGCAUGAGAAGGCGAGGGAAGAGAGUAGCACGCCUUGCUGCUAUGGAACCACUCUUCCAACUGAUCCUACUUGUGCCUUGCCUUGUAGUUGGACAACGACCGAUCCCUCUACUUUUCUCAUCCGAGGAAAGACUUAUCUUUCAGACCAGAAGAAGGUCAAGGCAAAGGGUACACUGAUGGAAAUGGUAGCUGCAGACUGGCUAAAAUCUGACAAGCGGGAGGAUGAUUUGGGGUCCCGUCCUGGAGGCAUCGUUCAGAAAUAUGCAGCAAAAGGUGGACCAGAGUUCUUUUUCAUCGUGAAUAUACAGGUUCCAGGAUCAACAACGUACAGCCUUGUGCUUUAUUACAUGAUGAGCACACCCAUUGAAGAGCAUCCUUUGCUAGUUAGCUUUGUUAAUGGCGAUGACGCAUAUAGGAAUUCACGGUUCAAGCUCAUUCCUUACAUAUCCAAGGUUGGUGUAAAAGAUCACUACCUCUUCUUAGAUCUCUUAUUCUUUUCCGUCCAAUUUUUACAGACUUUGGUUUUGCGAAUGUAUCAGGGAUCUUGGAUAGUUAAGCAGAGUGUGGGAAAGAAAGCGUGCCUUAUUGGUCAGGCCCUGGAGAUCAACUACUUCAGGGGAAAGAACUAUAUUGAGCUGGGCGUUGAUAUUGGCUCAUCAACUGUUGCAAGAGGAGUUGUGAGUCUUGUUCUUGGUUACCUCAACAAACUCGUGAUUGAAAUGGCAUUCUUGGUACAGGCGAAUACCGAAGAGGAGCUCCCGGAAUAUCUUCUUGGAACCUGUCGGUUAAACCAUCUAGACGCUUCCAAAUCAGUUUCACUUAUUCCAUAGAGUCCAAAUAAAGAUUACAAAAAGUUCAGAUAAAGUAUUCUUUGAAAUCUAUUGACUGUCAAAGACACAGUAGGUUUAUUGGUUAGUUGCUUAUGCAACGCGAUUGAUUAUAUCUAGGUGAUACUGCCCAAGUUCUUUGUAUAUACAUAUCACUUUUUAUUCAUUGAUUUUUCCAACUUGGUUUGUUGACCUCAA